UGUUACUUAUUUGCAUUUACAUCUAAAUUAAUACAAAACAGUUUCUCUUCCAUCACCAUCCCAUAAGCCCAUAACAAAAACCCCCUCUCAAACCUCAAACUCAACCAUGUUGGUCAUCCUAAAAUCACCAUAUCAUGUGUUAUCAAUGCUCAUCAUCACCGCCGGACUCGCGGCUGCGGGUGACUAUGUUCGGCCACCCGUAGGCAGGUCUCUUUUUGUAUCACUAGCGGAUGAUCAUAGCGAAAAGGCUUCACAACAAGUGCACAUAUCGUUAGCCGGUGAUGCGAAGAUGAGGAUAUCGUGGAUAACGGACGAUAUGACUCCGUCGAUGGUUAGGUACGGUAAAUCUCCUGAGAACUAUGAAGCUUGGGCUGCUGGGACUAGUUCUUCUUAUAGGUACAUUUUGUACAAGUCGGGUCAAAUACAUGAUGUGGUCAUUGGUCCGUUGGAGCCGAGUACAACUUAUUAUUACAAAUGUGGCCUUGACGAAAGCCCCGAGCUUAGUUUUCGAACCCCUCCGGCGCAGUUUCCGAUUGAUUUCGCUGUUUCGGGAGAUCUAGGACAAACUGAAUGGACUAAAUCAACCCUCCAACACAUUGGGGAAACCGGUUAUGAUGUGUUGCUACUCCCUGGAGACCUAUCAUACGCGGAUUUUUACCAACCAUCAUGGGACUCAUUUGGUCGCUUGAUCGAGCCUUUGGCGAGCCAACGACCAUGGAUGGUUUCUCAAGGUAACCACGAGGUCGAAAGAAUCCCACUAAUCCAUAGUGAGAGGUUUACCGCAUACAAUGCAAGAUGGCACAUGCCUUUUGAAGAGAGUGGUUCCAAUUCUAAUUUGUUCUAUUCGUUUGAAGUUGCGGGUGUCCAUGUGAUUAUGCUAGGGUCCUACACAGACUUUGGAACAGACUCCAGCCAAUACAAAUGGCUCGAGUCUGAUCUAAAGAAUGUUGAUAGGAACCGGACCCCUUGGUUGUUCGCUCUUGUUCAUGCUCCAUGGUACAAUUCGAAUAAGGCCCAUCAAGGAGAGAAAGAAAGCACUCAUAUGAGGGAUGCAAUGGAAGAUUUGCUUUAUAAUGCUCGUGUUGACAUAGUAUUUGCUGGUCAUGUUCAUGCAUACGAACGCUUUACACGCGUGUACAAAAAAGAUGCCAAUAAGUGUGGUCCAGUGCAUAUCACAAUCGGAGAUGGAGGCAACCGUGAAGGUCUGGCUACAAGGUAUAAAGAUCCACAACCGAAUAUAUCAGUGUUCAGGGAGGCGAGUUUUGGGCAUGGACAUUUGCGGGUGGUGAAUGCGAGUCACGCUGAGUGGACAUGGCAUAGAAAUGAUAACGCCCAACCGGACUCCACAUGGUUCACGAGCCUGGCUUCAGACUCCUCAUGUGUAGUCUAGAGUCUAGACCAAGAUUGUGAUUUCGCUUGCGAAAGUAUGACAAACAAAUUACGAGGGGUACAUAUAUCUAUAAGUUUUGUGCAACAUGCCUCUAGUCCAAAUAAACCGAACAAAUUUAUAUGACUUUUUAGAAGUCAUUAUUCUAAGCUUUAUGGGAAGAAAUACUUUCUUGAAUAUUUGAACAUAUUGUAAAGAAUAAAUAUGUAGCUCAAGGUAAACCAAAUAAUUGGGCGAAUCAUUCACAA